CCUUCCCCUCCAGUUGUCCCUGGCGCUCACUUCUUUCAAGUUUCUCUCCCCCCAACUCUCGAGUCUCGUGUCUACUUAUAUACUAGUAGUACUAGAAGAGUCAGAAACAACAAUACAGUAUUACUAAAACAGAGAGAGAGAGAGAGAGAGAGAGAGAGAGAGAGAGAGGUUUACUACCAACAUAAACGCAGAGAGAAGAGAGAGAGAGAGAGAGAGUGACCUACUUGCAGCUACCACUUGCUGCGCCGGAAAUGACUGUGUUCGGCCACUCAGGCGGAGGCGGCGGUUUCCUCGCCGGCAAACAAGUCUUCCCCGUAGACUGCCAGGCGGAAGUCUCGCACCGCCUCCUCGAAGCUUCCCACACCGACGAUCUCAGAUCGGCUCUCGAGUGCGCCGCCGAUCCGUUCGUCGACGUCAACUUCGUCGGCGCCGUGUGGCUCAAGGUCCGCAAGGCCGAGGUCACGUGCCGCGAGGACCUGCCCAACGAGGUCCGGUUCGAGUACGAGGAGUUCAAGACUGACGUCACCGCCUUGUUCCUCGCCGUGCAUACCGGGAACGUCACGCUUGUUAGGAAACUACUGGGUAUUGGAGCUGAUGUGAACCAGAAACUGUUCAGGGGCUUCGCGACAACAGCGGCAGUGAGGGAGGGCCACCGUGAGAUUUUGGAGAUCUUACUUAAAGCUGGUGCUUCUCAGCCAGCUUGUGAGGAGGCCUUGUUGGAGGCUAGCUAUCAUGGGUGUGCAAGGCUUGCAGAACUGCUCAUGGGAUCUGACCUUAUUCGGCCCCACAUCGCGGUGCAUGCCCUUGUCACUGCAUGCUGCAGAGGGUUCACCGACGUGGUAGAUGCUCUCAUUAAGUGUGGAGUAGAUGCAAAUGCAACUGACCGGGUGCUGCUCCAAUCAUAUAGGCCUUCUCUACACACGAGUGUUGACUGUACUGCACUUGUGGCUGCUGUUGUUAGUAGGCAGAUAUCUUGUGUCCGUCUGUUGCUAAAGGCUGGCGCUAGAACAGACAUCAAAGUGCAACUAGGGGCAUGGUCAUGGGACCCUGCUUCAGGUGAAGAGUUCAGAGUGGGCGCUGGAUUAGCAGAGCCCUACGCCAUCACUUGGUGCGCAGUGGAAUAUUUCGAACAAAGUGGCGCUAUCUUGCGCAUGCUCCUCCAAGCAGUCUCCCCCGACAGCCCACACCAUGGAAGAACCCUCCUCCACCAUGCCAUUCUAUGUGGCAGUACAGGAGCCGUCAAUGUGCUCUUAAGUUGCGGUUCACAUGUCGAAGCCCCUGUUAGAACCCAAAAAGCUGAAUUUCGUCCAAUACACAUGGCUGCCCGUCUCGGUUGUUCAGAAAUACUUGAAUCCCUUGUUGAUAAUGGCUGUGAUAUGAACUCAAAGAUAGACAUUGCUGAGACAGCUCUAAUGAUCUGUGCAAAAUAUAAUAGGGAAGGGUGUCUAAAAGUUUUGGCCUCAGCUGGUGCUGAUUUCGGCUUGGUCAAUAUAGCCGGUCAGUCUGUAUGGUCAAUCGCGGAAUCAAACCGGUGGUCCCUUGGUUUUCAGCAAGCUGUGCUGGAUGUUAUUAGGUCUGGAAAAGUUCCCAGAUCUAGCAAUACAUCUGUUUUUUCUCCUCUUAUGUUUGUUGCUCGAUCGGGUGAUAUUGAAGCCUUGAAAGCUCUAAUUGGAUGGCCCGAAAUUAAUCUUGACUAUCAAGAUCAUAAGGGUUUCUCCGCUGUCAUGGUUACUGCAAUGGAAGGUUACGUUGAAGCUUUCCGGUUACUUGUAUAUGCCGGGGCUGAUGUGAAGCUGUGUAACAAAUCUGGCGAGACUGCCCUUACCCUAUCUGAACUAAAUCAAAAGCGUGAUCUAUUUGAGAAGGUAAUGCUAGAAUUUGCUCUUGAAAAUGGAAAUCGCAAUGGGGGAGGUUUUUAUGCCCUACAUUGUGCGGCUCGGCGUGGAGACGUGGACGCAGUGAGACUGUUGAUGAAUAGGGGAUAUGACGUAAAUGUUUCUGAUGGAGAUGGAUACACGCCACUCAUGUUGGCUGCCAGAGAAGGCCAUGCACGCAUGUGUGAGCUAUUGAUUUCCUUUGGAGCCUGUUGCGACUUGAAAAAUGUGAAGGGUGAAACUGCACUAUUACUCGCGAGGAAGGCUAGGGCACAGAACGAUGCAGUAAGGGUGAUACUUGAUGAGCUUGCUCGGAAACUGGUUUUAAGUGGUGCUAUUGUGUCAAAGCAUACCAAGGGAGGAAAAGGAUCGCCGCAUAGCAAGGUUGUUAAAAUGGUCGAGGCCACGGGGGUUUUGAGGUGGGGGAAUUCGAGCACAAGGAAUGUCCUGUGUCAAGAGGUCGAGUUGGGACCCAGCUCGAGGUUUAAGAGGUUUAGACAGAGGAAGGGUGAUGCCAGUGAGCCUGGGGUGUUUCGGGUGGUGACAACGAAGAACAAGGAAGUGCAUUUCGUGUGUUCGGGUGGAUUGGAGGCGGCGGAGCUGUGGGUGAGGGGGAUAAAGCUUGUGACAAAGGAGGCUGUAUUUGGUAGAAAGCAACUGGAAACAUGAUGCAGGGUUUUACUUUCAAGUAUUAUGAGUAGGAAGUCUGUAUAGAUGUUUGGGUAUUGGAAGUACUUUGUCUCGAAGUACUGAACUAUGUGUCCCGCUGUAAAAAUUUUGAUUGAUGUAGUUGUAAAAGCAAAUACUAUAUUCUUCAAAGUAGAAUCUCAGGAUUUGUUUAUCAAUCUAUAUGGUCUUUGGGUUCAGUCAUA